UCCCAGAUAAAAGGCUCCAUAAUCCUGUACCAGGCAGACAGCUGAAGUACUGGGGCCUCUUCCUCUGGGUCCGAGUCAGUAGGUGACCCUGCCCCCUGGAUUCUGUAAGACUCCACCAUGGGACGUCCCCCACCGGCUGCUGUCUGGACCUGGAUGUUUCUCCUCUUGCUGUUGGAAGCCUGGGCAGCAGGACACUUCCUGGCACAAGAGAACAAAAUCCUGGACGGCCACGAGUGCAAGGCCCAUUCACAGCCUUGGCAGGCGGGCUUGUUCCAGGGUAUUCGGCUGCAAUGUGGGGGUGUCCUCAUAGGUGACAGCUGGGUCCUCACGGCAGCCCACUGUAAAAAGACGAAGUACACGGUACGCCUGGGAGAUCACAGUCUGCAGAAUAAGGAAAGGACAGAGCAAGAGAUGGCUGUGGCUCAGUCCAUCCCGCAUCCCUGCUACAACAUCAGCAGUGGGGACCACAAUCACGACCUGAUGCUCAUUCGACUACGUGGUCGGGCAUGCCUGGGGCCCAAAGUGAAGCCCAUCAAACUGACAGAUCGCUGCCCUCAAGUUGGCCAGAACUGCACCAUCUCAGGCUGGGGCUCUAUCACUAGCCCUCGAGAGAAUUUUCCUGACACCCUCAACUGUGCAGAAGUAGAAAUCUUUCCCCAGAAGCGGUGUGAGGAUGUCUACCCUGGGCAAGUCACAGAUGGGAUGAUCUGUGCAGGGAGCAACAGCGGGGCUGACACGUGCCAGGGCGACUCCGGGGGCCCGCUGGUGUGUGGCGGUGUCCUUCAGGGCAUCACAUCCUGGGGCUCAGACCCCUGUGGGCGGCCCGAGAAACCUGGCGUCUACACCAACAUCUGCCGCUACCUGGACUGGAUCAAGAAGACCAUAGGCAGCAGGGGCAGAUUCUAGGGCGAGCUCUGGACCCCCCUUAAUAAACUCACAACCUCG